GCCGUUCUGCAGCUUGGCUUUUGCUUGUUUCUUGGGAGCGCUUGAAAGGAAAUCACCCGGCAAAGCCAAGCCCGCUGCUCUCUCCCGGUGGGACCGACGCGGAGCUGGGACACGGAGCUGGACACGGAGCUGGGACACGGAGCUGGGACACGGAGCUGGGACACGGAGCUGGACACGGAGCUGGGAGCGGAGCUGGACACGGAGCUGGGACACGGAGCUGGACACGGAGCUGGGAGCGGAGCUGGGACACGGAGCUGGACACGGAGCUGGGAGCGGAGCUGGACACGGAGCUGGGACACGGAGCUGGGACACGGAGCUGGACACGGAGCUGGGAGCGGAGCUGGGACACGGAGCUGGGACGUGGAGCCGGGACACGGAGCUGGACACGGAGCUGGACACUGAGCUGUACACGGAGCUGGGACGUGGAGCCGGGACACGGAGCUGGACACGGAGCUGGGACACGGAGCCAGGACACGGAGCUGGACACGGAGCUGAACACUGAGCUGUACACGGAGCUGGGACGUGGAGCCGGGACACGGAGCCAGGACACGGAGCUGGACACUGAGCUGUACACGGAGCUGGGACUUGGAGUUGGGAAACGGAGCUGGGACACGGAGCUGGGAACUGAGCUGGGACACGGAGCUGGGACACGGAGCUGGGACGUGGAGUUGGGACACGGAGCUGGGACACGGAGCCAGGACAUGGAGCUGGGACGCGGAGCUCUACACGGGGCUGGACACUGAGCUGUACACGGAGCUGGGACACGGAACUGGACCCUGAGCUGGACCCUGAGCUCUACACGGAGCUGGGACACUGAGCUGUACACUGAGCUGGACCCUGAGCUGGACACGGAGCUGGGACACGGAGCUGGACCCUGAGCUCUACACAGAGCUGGGACACGGAGCUGGGACACUGAGCUGGACACUGAGCUGUACACGGAGCUGUGCACUGAGCUGUACACGGAGCUGUACACGGAGCUGGACACGGAGCUGGGACACGGAGCUGGGACACUGAGCUCUACACGGAGCUGGGACACUGAGCUGUACACGGAGCUGUGCACUGAGCUGUACACGGAGCUGGGACGCGGAGCUGGGACACGGAGCUGGGACACUGAGCUCUACACGGAGCUGGGACACUGAGCUGUACACGGAGCUGUGCACUGAGCUGUACACGGAGCUGUACACGGAGCUGGGACCCUGAGCUGGACCCUGAGCUGUACACGGAGCUGUACACGGAGCUGUACACUGAGCUGUACACGGAGCUGUACACGGAGCUGUACACGGAGCUGGGACACUGAGCUGGACCCUGAGCUGUACACGGAGCUGUACACGGAGCUGUACACUGAGCUGUACACGGAGCUGUACACGGAGCUGGGACACUGAGCUGGACCCUGAGCUGGACCCUGAGCUGUACACAGAGCUGGACCCUGAGCUGUACACGGAGCUGGACGCGCAGCUCCCGGAGCAUGCCAGGAUGUGGCCGCGCCCUCGCUGAGCUGCCCGGCGCGGCCCCCGCUGUCCGUCCCGCCCGGCGCCAUGGGAGGAUGCUUCUCCAAGCCCAAGCCAGUUGAAGUGAAAAUUGAAGUUGUGAUACCUGAAAAGGAGAGGAGCAAGGAAGAGAUGUCACCCAAUGGGAAAGCCAGCCCUCUGAUCUACAAAGUCAAUGGGACUGCAAGGCACUACCACCUUGAGGAGCACCCAAUUGCCAGCAACCCCUACCACAACCCAAAGGACGUGGUAGAGGCAUCCGUGUGCCACGUCAAGGACCUGGAGAAUGGGCAGAUGCGGGAAGUGGACCUGGGCUGUGGGAAGGCUCUGCUCAUCAAGGAGAGCGGCGAGUUCCACGCCGUGGGACACAAGUGUCCCCACUACGGGGCUCCUCUGGUCAAAGGGGUUUUGUCCAAAGGAAGAGUCCGCUGUCCCUGGCACGGAGCCUGCUUCAAUAUCAGCACAGGCGACAUCGAGGACUUCCCUGGCUUGGACAGCUUACCCAGGUUCCAGGUGAAGAUUGAGAAGGAGAAGGUGUACAUCCGAGCAAGCAAGCAGGCUCUUCAGACACAGAGGAGAACAAAGGUGAUGGCAAAGUGCAUCUCCUUGAGCAACUACAACCUGAGCAGCACCAACGUGCUGAUCAUUGGUGCAGGGGCAGCUGGGCUGGUCUGUGCAGAGACCUUGCGCCAGGAGGGUUUCUCUGACCGCAUCGUGAUGUGCACCUUGGACAGACACCUGCCCUAUGACAGACCAAAGCUCAGCAAGUCGAUGGAUUCCCACCCUGAGCAGAUCGCCCUGCGCCCCAAGGAGUUCUUCUGCACCUACGACAUCGAGGUCCUGACUGAAAUGCAGGUGGCGGCUGUGGAUGUCAAGAGCAAGAUAGCUGUGUUCAAGGAUGGGUUUAAGAUGGAAUACAACAAGCUGCUGAUAGCAACGGGAAACAUGCCCAAAACUCUCAGCUGCAAGGGCAAGGAGAUGGAGAACGUGUUCAACAUCCGGACGCCUGAGGAUGCCAACCGAGUGGUGAAGCUGGCCACCAGCAGGAACGUGGUGAUUGUGGGAGCCUCCUUCCUGGGGAUGGAGGUGGCCGCCUACCUCGCCGACAGGGCCCACUCUGUGUCCCUGGUGGAGCUGGAGCACGUCCCCUUCAAGAAGUUCUUUGGGGAGAGGGUUGGCCGUGCUGUCAUGAAGAUGUUUGAGAACAACAGGGUGAAGUUUUACAUGCAGACAGAGGUGUCGGAGCUGCGGGAGCAGGAGGGGAAGCUGAAGGAGGUCGUGCUGAAGAGCGGGAAGGUCCUGCGAGCUGACGUCUGUGUCGUGGGUGUUGGUGCAGUCCCAGCAACAGGCUUCCUCAAGCAGAGUGGCAUCAACAUUGACUCCAAGGGCUUCAUUGUGGUCAACAAGAUGAUGCAGACCAACAUCCCCGGGGUCUUUGCUGCUGGAGAUGCUGUCACAUUUCCAUUGGCCUUGAGGAAUAACAAGAAGGUGAAUGUACCCCACUGGCAGAUGGCCCACAUGCAUGGGCGCGUGGCCGCGCUGAACAUGCUGGCGCACGGCUCGGAGAUCAGCACCGUGCCCUACCUGUGGACAGCCAUGUUCGGCAGGAGCAUCCGAUACGCAGGCCAUGGGGAAGGAUUUGAUGAUGUUGUCAUUCAGGGAGAUUUAGAUGAACUGAAGUUUGUGGCAUUUUACACCAAGAGUGACGAGGUGGUGGCUGUGGCCAGCAUGAACUACGACCCCAUAGUGUCCAAGGUGGCCGAGGUGCUGGCUGCUGGCAGGACCAUCCGCAAGCGGGACGUGGAGCUGUUUGUUCGCCAUGGCAAAACUGGAGACAUGUCCUGGCUGACAGGGAAAGGUUCCUAACACCACUGAUGGCUGAGCCCUCCUGAUGCUGCACUUGCCGUGGGGAGAGGGGACAGCAGCUCCACGGGCUGGUGGGAACCCCAUGGCUCAGCCAUUUCCCUCUGAGACCUGGAUGAACCUGGCAUUGAGCACUGACCUUCCCAGGAGGAUCUCACACAGCUCCUCUGCCCUGUGCCUGCUGUUGCAGUUGCCAAGGAAUGCUGGAAAAGCAGCCCACAGGGGCAGUGGGCACGGGUGCCACAUGGCUCCAGAUGCUGCCACCGGGCUGAGGGUCCCCAGAUGGGUCUGCCCCACGCAUGUCCCUCACCCCAACAAGCAGCAUGAGUGCCUUUGGUAGAUAUUGUGCUUUCAUGCAUGAUGCUCCUUUCCAAAUUCUCCUGGCUUCCUACAGAUUUCCAGUGUGCAUCCCUGCGGAGCCGACACCUGCUCCCUUCCUGCAUGGCUGCAGCGUUUGCUCAGCUCUCCCUGUGCCCACCCACCCCAGAGGGCACCUGGGUGGGCCAGGAGAUGGGCUUAGGCUGGGUGGUCUCUGUGCAGCUGCUGCUUGUGUUGUGCAGCUGCUCCUGCGCAGCCCCCCCGGCAGAGCUGGGUCGCUGUCCGUGCUGAGCUCAUCAGUUCCCAUCCCUGCAUCUCCUGUCCUGGGGCAGCCAAGGGCUGGGCUGUGUUCCCUGCCUCCCAGGGCUCAGUUUGGGCUGGGGCACUGGCAGCUCUUGGCCUGUUCUGGGGUGUGUAGCAGGGGUACCUGAGAGCUGUGAUGGCUCAGCUGCAGCCCUGGGCUGGGCCACCCUUCCAGCCAGCCUUGAAAGAUCUCUCCUUAAUGCUCUCAUGGGAUCAGUGCUGUUGCUAGGGUGUUAUUUGAGGAAAAGUGGCUGGGGAAGCAUUUCUGACUGUCCAUUCUCUAGCACUUGGCAUAGUGACAAGGCUGCAUUUCCCACCCCACCAUGCCAGUGCUCUGCUCUCCUGUUUCCUGCCCCGUGUCCCCAGCGCAGGAGUGCACCUGGCCAGCCACAGCCCGGUGUCCACCAGCCCAGCAGGUUCAGGGUCCCCCCUUGGAGACACUCCAGUGCUUUAUUCUGGGGGUGACUCCUUCCCCAGCAGUCAGUGUUCUACCCUGAGCCCCAAACAAGAGGAUUUAUAUUUUUAAUUUGAUUCACACCCUAUGAAUUAAAGCAAUACUAGUCUUG